GGGCAAGAACGUGUUGAAUUACAAUGUUCGUUUUGUGCAGUGAGAAACAAACCCACAGUCUAAACCAAGGAGCUACCAGCAUUGUCUGACAUCACUGAACAUUUUCAAAAGCAAUUUAUAAUAUCGAAAAUGUGAUUUGGAGUCAUUCUGCCUGUUAAAAGGAACAUACGGGGUUUCUUCAAUAGACAUACCGAAAAAGGAUCAGCAUUUUUUUUUUGUUCCAAUCGCUGCACACUUUUGGAAUUAAGCUGCAUUAAGCAAACAGAUUGAAGUCCAAAGCACAGCUCGUUCGGGAUGGCUAAUGCAAGUGACAGAGGGGGGUCAGUGUACGUUUCGCCGAUGGCCGUGGGACCGACAUUGAAAGAGCUAGCGGACAUCUCAAUCGAGCUCAACCUCGGGUUGGAAGCGGACGAUGCCUUACUCGAAGAAUACCAGUCCAUCCUCAAUGACUCUGUCAAGUCGAUGAACCAACUCAAUGACCUAGCCGAACCCAGUCUACCGGUGAAGUACCCGCGAACUCAAGGAUAUCGACCCAGGAAGGAAGAUAACCCACAUAAUGCAUGGUGUUACAGGUGCAAUAUAAAAGGAACCGAUGGAGGGAAGCUAUCAGGAAAGAGUAUCGCGAUCAAGGAUUCUAUUGCUAUAGCAGGAAUUCCCAUGACGGUUGGAUUCAAUGGUCUUGAGGGUUUUGUUCCAGAUUUUGACGCUACCGUAGUCACGUGGGUAUUGGAUGAAGGAGGGACCAUACUUGGAAAAUCAACAUGUGAGGAAUUAUGCUGUUCAGCGAACAGCCAUACAAGUGGAACAGGCCUCGUUACCAACCCUUUUAAACCAGGUCAUUGCGCCGGUGGAUCUAGCUCAGGAUCGGCAGUGUUAGUUGCAAUUAAUGAAGUAGAUAUGGCGAUCGGAGGUGACCAAGGUGGGUCGGUUCGGAUACCUUGCAGCUGGUGUGGAUUGGUCGGUCUCAAACCGACUUAUGGCUUAGUACCAUACACAGGUGCAGUAUCUGGGGAGUUUGUCUUCGAUCACCUGGGACCUAUGGCUAAGACGGUGAAAGACUGUGCUCUUCUUUUGGAGGUAAUAUCUGGAUAUGAUAAUGGGAACGAUGCUAGACAACCACGUGAUCUGGAGAUACAAUCUUAUUCUCAAAAGCUGGAGGAUAUAGAUCUUGCAUCGAUCCGAAUAGCCGUCUUAAAAGAAGGUUUUGAUCAUCCCGUAUCCGAUCCGGAAGUUGACAACCUAAUUCAUGAAACCAUCAGUGGAUUUGCAUCAUCAACUAAGGCCCAUGUUCAAGAAGUUUCGAUUCCUUUGCACAAAUCAAGUACGUCCUUUGGCAGUGUGAUUGGACGCAUUGGUGAGGUGGACACAGUCUUAAACACUGCUGGUUCUGGGCUAAGCCACACCGGAUACUAUCCGUCAAAUAUGAUGAGGGAUGUUGGAGCCCGACUCAAAAAGAACGCAAAAGACCUUCAUCCUUAUAACAAGGCACAGCUGCUGCAUGGUGCAUUUUUAAAAAAGAAAUACUGCUAUAUGUACGGCAAGGCUCAGAAUCUGAUGAGACAGCUUGAAUGGGAUUUUGACCAUGUCUUGGCAGAAUACGACGUGGUUGCCAUGCCAACAGUUCCCUUCACAGCUCCACCAAUGGUGAAAAGUGAUGCGUCAAUCAAAGAAAUAGUCAGAAUUGGCUCCAACAUUGGAGGAAACCUUAAAUCUGGGAAUUUGACUGGUCAUCCGUCUAUCACCAUCAACGCAGGGACAGUCGGGGGACUACCGGUCGGGCUUCUGCUGACUGGAAAGAAAUUUGACGAACUUAGACUCUUGCAAAUAGCACACGCCUUUGAGAAGUUUAUCAAUGGUACCACCAAGUAGCGUUUAUAUCCAUCCUGUUCAUGGAUACAAUGCUUAGAAUGUCCCAUUUUUUUAGGUCUAAUUCGUAGCCAAGUCUAUAAAUUGAACUCGCGCUUCGAGCUCGUUUUCAUUGUUCUUUAUUAAAAAGAAAUUAAUAACUUUAACUAUUCACGUUCAUAUCUGGAUACCAGAAGACAAUGUUCAGCUCGGGCUUCGCACCGGCGUCACUUGU